UUAUGAUAAAAACGUAAAGCAAUACUGUAGAAACUCGUGUCACGUUUUGAUCUUCUCAAGUCUGGCGGCUUCUCGAUACCAAGUUUCGAAGUAUUGCAGGGCGUGUGUCUGCCAAACUUUAUUGAUUUAUCAUCUGCCGUUUGAUAACGGAACCGACGCUGGAAUACGGCAGACCUCAUUACAGUUCUCUCUGAUAGCGCUGACUCAUGACGGCGUCUUGCCGUUAAGCGAGUCCAGCCCUGGCUUUCGUUCCCCACUUUGCUGAGAGACUCGGCUUCGCCGCCCCACUUUUGUUUCUCGCACGCCGCACUUUCUCAUCCGCAGGUCUCCUCUAGCACGAAGUCGUGCGUGCACCCUUAAAACGUUUCUCGGUGUACAGCUUGGAGACUGGGAGUCUGUUUUUUUCCUGCUCUUAUCGGCCGAGUAUCUGUCUGAUGCUGUGUUGGCACAUCUGAUUGGGUAUGCAGACUCUGUACUGAGCAUGCCAGUCUGUCACAGGGACUGCAAUGCAGGGCUGCUCUCCUGGCACACACCAUUUGUCUGCCCUUAAUGUAAAUAAUCCUGAGCACGGAGCCGAUGGCGGCAGGGACAGCUCCUGAUGGAUUACGUGUCUGCGCGCGUUUCGCUUGACGCAUGGAGGUUGAAACGGGGUGAAUGCGCUCGUUCCUCUCCUUUCUUCAUCUUCUGACGCUCUAAUAAAAUCUCUGUGUCUGUGCCUAUAGCCGCUCUCCCCCUUCUGUGACAUACAGUAGAUGGUGCAUCGAUUGCACACAGACGCUCGCGUUCCCUCUCGCUGGCUGGGUCCUGUGCGGGAAGGAAGAGGACGGAUUGAGACGUCUCUCUCCCUGCGUCUCAUUCUACCUACUCUUAUUUUGGGCUGAUGUGAAGAGCUUGGCCGGGCUCGCUCGCUCUCUCUCUCUCUCUCUCUCUCUCUCAUCUCGGAGGAUUCUGCUAUAGAGAUGUCUGGUGAGAACAUCCUGUCUUCUUCAGAGAUCUGAACCUGGCAUGAUGUCACAGCUCCUGCACAUGGAGAUUCCGAACUUCGGCAGCACUGUUCUGGACAGCCUGAACGAACAGAGGCUGCUGGGCCAGCACUGCGAUGUGGCCAUCAUGGUCAAUGGACAGGCCUUCAAAGCCCACCGCGCCGUUUUGGCGGCAAGCAGCCUGUACUUCCGGGAUCUUUUCAGCGGGAGCACCCAGACUCUUUUCGAGUUGCCUUCGUCCGUGGCCCCGUCCUGUUUUCAACAGAUCCUCUCCUUCUGCUACACGGGAAGGAUGACGGUGAGCGCCAGCGAUCAACUCAUGGUCAUGUACACGGCGGGAUACCUUCAGAUCCAAAACAUCGUGGAACGAGGAAUGGACCUCAUGUUCAAGGCCAGCGCUCCGUAUUGCGACUCGCAGACGUCUGCCACAGACGAUCCCCCAAGCCCAAACAACAACAACAACUCCCUGUUGCUAGGCGACCAGCCCACAACUGUCUGCAAGAUCAAGGUAGAGAAGCUGGAGACCCCGGUGUGCGGACAGAGCGGCGAGCUGAAGCAAGUUGAGGAGGACAGGGGGCUGAGGGGCAGAUCUUCAAGAAAUGGCGCUCUUUUCUACACCGCCGGGGGCGGAAACGGGGUAAUAUCUGUGUUGCAUGCCUACGAGCACUCCAGCAGAGAUCACGCCAGCCCCGGUGCCUCCAGCCUCCCGACCACAGACAGCCCAACGUCACACCAAAACGAAGAGGAGGACUUUGAAGAUGACUCGUACGAGAGUCUUACAAACGGAAAGAUCUAUGGGGGCUCGUCAGGUCUCUACGGAAGUAAAUGUCUUUUACUUGGACUCUGUUACGACGCCAAAAACUUUGCCUUUAUCCCCCGUGAGUAUGAUUUGUUGUCGUUGUGUCUCAUUCCAGUACAAGAGAAGAUGGAGGUGUCCUCCCUGCCUCUCUCCUUAGAGAACCGUUUCUGCGUUCUGCUAGGAGGAGACAGAGAGGCUCUGCCCGCCGGACUCAUCAGCCAGAUCGGCUAUCGCUGCCACCCUGCUCUCUACACGGAAGGGGACCCAGGAGAGAGGUUGGAGCUGAUUGGAGGGCUACGGUCUCCUUGUUUCUCUGUUGCUGUGGAAGGAUCUGGUGUCUUUAUGACACGUGGGCAGCUGAUGAACUGUCACCUCUGUGCUGGGGUCAAGCACAAAGUCUUGCUGAGACGCCUCCUUGCUGCUUUUUUUGACAGGAACACACUGGCUGACAGCUGUGGAACUGGAAUACGUUCAUCCAACUGUGACCCGAAUCGCAAACCGCUGGACAGCCGCAUACUCAACACGGUGAAACUCUACUGUCAGAACUUCGCCCCCAACUUUAAAGAGAGUGAGAUGAAUGUGAUCGCUGCAGAUAUGUGCACCAAUGCCCGCCGAGUUCGCAAGCGCUGGCUCCCUAAGAUCAAGUCAAUGCUCCCGGAGGCGAUCGAGGUGUACAGAGGGACUGCGGUUUUGAGCCAGGUGGAGGGAGCAACCCACCCAGGUGGGGGCUUUCCUUUCGAGUCCGAAUUCAAACACCUGGCGGCAUCAAAUCUGACUCUGGAGCAACACCUCUACGGAGACUGCAGAGAGACACAGAGGAACGGCUCUCACUUCACAGGAUCUGCUGCGGAGGAGCGGCCCAAAGGGGAAGCGGCGGAACCAGGUAGAGCCAGAGAGCCAGACAACUCGAAGGAAGCGGAAAGGUUUCCCGAAAGCCCUGAGAGGGCGGCCAGCGUUCUCGCCCUCAACCCUGCCAGCAAGAAGGGGGAAAAAGAGCGGGCCCCCAGCAGCCCGAAGCCACAAAAAGAGGACCAGAACCGACAGAGACCCCCUAAAGAUGACCAGUGACUUCCCUGACCUUGUGUUAAUGUAAACCGGUCUGCAGCUUCUCACACCAAAAACGGAUGAACAUAACAUAAACGCUGCAUGAUCAAGGGAACUGGACGUAUAACAUUUUUCCAGUAUAGAUCCUCUGCAUCAAACAUAAGAAUCUGUAAGGAUCGCUCAUGCAGUAAUUUAGCAUACAUAAAUACAGCCAUAUAUACGAGCUCAGUACAUAAAGGCGGCCUGCUGAGCGGUUUGUUCCUUUCUCAUUUUUUUAUGAAUGCAUGUAAUGCAUAAGCUCUGGCAUUUUUGACUAAAUACUCUCGCCAAUUACAGAAUGGAUCAUGGACUUCUGCAUGGCAAAAACAAGUGAAGGACAAAGACUCUCCUUAAUAUAAUACAACUCACAUGCUUCAGAAAUCAGAAUCGUACUGUUUGGGACUCCAUCGGGAGAGAGUUACUGUAUGUUCCAGCUGACUGUGGGACUGCUGAGUUCAGUACAGUACGGAGGCUGAAGCAGUUCUCUAGAGAGUUCGCAGGACUCUCAAUUUUCCCUCUAAAGCUUUUUAAUCUCACUCUGGCUCUCAAGCUGCUGUAUAGUAACCGCUUGCCUGUUUUUUUGCAUUUCAGCUGGUCUGGACAUUUGAAACGCGAUUGUGUGGUUGUUUUUUGGAAGUGAAAUAAAGGAAAGGAUUAUUUUGAGGGAUAACUAGG